CAGCAGCAGCCGGAGCCCUCCGUCCGGCCGUCACCAGAUCUAACAACAGAAUGGCGAUGCGCGGCGUCGAUUUCAAGUGGUACGACGGCUUCUUCCUCUCCAUGCUCGUCACCAGCGUAGUCAUCGUGUCCGUCAACUGGGGGAGGUACCGCCUCUGCGCCCACCCGCUCCACAUAUGGAUCGUCGUCGACUACACCGCCGUCUUCCUCUUCCGCCUCCUCAUGUUCCUCGACAACUGGCUCGCCGCUGGGAUGGGCCUGGAUCUUGGAUGGCAACAGAGAUAUACUCGUUUCUGUGGGAGGAUAGUUGUUUUGUCAGUUCUCGUACUUCUUCUCUACCCAUUUCUGUGGGUUUGGACUGUGAUAGGAACAUUGUGGUUCAACAGUGCAAGGAGAUGUUUGCCAGCGGAAGGGCAGAAAUGGGGCUUCCUGAUAUGGCUGCUCUUCAGUUACUGCGGGCUCUCAUGUAUUGCAUGUGUGGCUGUUGGAAAGUGGCUAAGCCGCAGGCACGCUCUCCAGCUGAGGGCACAGCAGGGGAUUCCAAUAUCUGAAUAUGGGGUCUUGGUUGACAUGAUUCGCGUACCCGACUGGGCAUUUGAGGCAGUAGGCCUGGAACUGCGAGGAAUGGGCCAAGACACGGCGUACCAUCCCGGCCUCUACCUAACAACCGCCCAGAGGGAAGCUGUGGAGGCUCUGAUCCAGGAGCUCCCCAAGUUCAUGCUGAAGGCCGUCCCGACGGACUGCAGCGAGUGCCCGAUCUGCCUGGAGGAGUUCCGCGUGGGCAGCGAGGUGCGCGGCCUCCCGUGCGCCCACAACUUCCACGUGGCGUGCAUCGACCAGUGGCUGCGGCUGAACGUGAAGUGCCCGCGCUGCCGCUGCUCCGUGUUCCCCAACCUGGACCUCAGCGCGCUCAACGGGAUCCGCGCCAGCAGCGAGCAGGACCGUCCGUCUGGCAGCGAGGUGACCACGACUGCGGCAGCAAGCCGGUACGUGCCGGCGGCGGGGCAGAGCUACCUGGUGCGGCUGCAGGGCCUGCUGCCCCGGCCGGUGGUGGUCGGGCAUGGGAGUGACGAUGACGACGUGGAGAGCGGGGAGCGGCGUGGUGGUGGCGGCGCAUGGAAUUCAUCCCAUCCAUUCAUAGAGUUGUGCGUUGGUGAUGGAAAGGAGAAGGAAAAGAAAAAAGGAUCAAACUUAUUGUGUGUGUGGAAGGCAGUCCUGAAGCAAAAUCAAGACGAAGACGACGACUCUCUCCAUCCUCAUCAUCGAUCAAAUCAGGGCAGGGAGGAUCCCCCAUCCGUCGGGAUGGACUCCAACGGCAACGCCAAUCCGCCGCCGCCGCCGCAAGCAGAUGCCGGAGGGGACGGCGACAAGGCGUUGGCCUUCGACGCGCCGCAGCCGCCGCCGCCGCAGCCGGUGAGGGAGGACUACGUCCAGAACGCCGUCAAGUUCCUCUCCCACCCCAAGGUCAGGGGCUCCGCCGUCGUCUACCGCAGAUCCUUCCUCCAGAACAAGGGCCUCACCAGCGACGAGAUCGACGAGGCCUUCCGACGAGUACCCGAUCCGCAGCCCACCGCUGCUUCGCCGCCGACCCAGACCCAGACCCAGCCUCCUCCUGCGGCCGCCGCCGCGCCUCUGCAGACUUACGCGCGGCCGCCACAGUCAGCAAUCGUUGUCGCUCAGCAGCAUCCCAGGUUCACCUGGUACCGCGCCUUCGUCGCCGCGGGCCUCUUGCUCGGCUUCGGAGCCAGCGCGGCCGUCUUCAUCAAGAAACUGUUCCUCCCGAGGCUCAAGUCGUGGAUCCGCAAGGUCGUCGCUGAAGCCCAGGAGACCGCCGAGCUCAAGUCCAAGAUCGACGACGAGACCAAGGAGGCAGUCAGGGCUUCCUCCGAGGCCGUCUCUGCUAUCGCCAAGACCAACCAGGAGUUGCUUGCUUCAAAGGAUGAAGAAAAGAAGAUACUCGUGACUCUGACGCAUGCGCUGGAUUCCCAAGCAAAAGUGCUGAAAUCGUUGAGCGAGUCGUUGAGUCAUAGCAGGGACUCCUCCGUCAAUGUUACCAGGGAGGAUAGGUUUGCGCACUACCGCCCACUGGAAGAUCAUGCUGUGAGGAAUGGGCCUGUUAACACUCCAUGGAGACCUCCUCAGCAACCUAAUAUGUAUGGUGUGCCAAACGGUGACUUUGGUUCAGGAAGGCCAUCUUUUGCGCCAGCACCUACUGAACCUACAUCUGGAGCAUUUUCAAGAUCUUAUGUUGAGCAGACAGUGCAGCGAGCGGAUAGGUCUUCUGGGAGUAAGCAGCCAUGGGAGAUGCCGCAGUACACACAGCCAAAGCUUGGCUAUGGAUCCAACACCCACUUGAGCGAGGAUGGAUCAUACUCCGAGGCUCAGGAGAAUUACGGCCCUUCCUACCACCAGAACGGAAAGGCCCCUGAUUUCCAAACGGAGGAGCCCAGGCCGUUGACAUACAGUACUGGGGCUGAGGAAAGGCCACCGCCUCAGCGCCGCUGGGUUCCUCCUCAGCCUCCAGGCGUCGCCAUGCCAGAAGCCGCGGCUGCCAUACGUCAACCAAAGUCCCUUACAAAGCAACCGUCGAGCGACAUGUCCGAGGCAGCUGGUGAGAUGCAGGUGAAUGGUGCCCAGAGUUCGUCUUCUGUUGCUGCUGAGGUGCCAGUUAAUGGCAGCGCCAUAAGUGAUGCUGGACGUGGCGAGAUCGAAGAACAGGUGGAAGCCAUCUAAGUAGCAGGUGGGCCAACAAACGACGCAAAGCAGUCUGUCUGAUGUCCUAAACGAGAUUGUAGUUUGUCUUGCAGUUUGUCAUAAGCUUGUGAACAUAUUUGGAUUGCUGCUACGGCUAUGGGGUGGCUAAAGAUGGAAUAAAAUGAAUCACACUUAAAUCUUAUUAUGUGCUUUUGAGUUUAGACUGUAUAUUACUACUCUAUACACAAAAAAAGAACAAAUUAUUA